CUGCUGGAGGCGCGAGCUGGGGUGUGGAGGGGGUUCGGGAGGAGGCUUCUGGGCGUCCGACAAGGACCAGGAGCGGAAAGGGCUUUGUCUGUGGCCUUCCACGCAUAGGAAUUUUGGAAUUCUGGAUCCUGUUCUGAGCUUCAGCAGAGGUCACUGCUGUCAGUUCACCGCACUGCGUGCCGGCAUAAAGCAAACCGGCGAGGGGUCGGGUGAAGUGUGCUAGAAAUGAUUUGAUCUCCUACCCCUUCGGGAUCUUACAGCCUAGAAUCAGGCCCAAUCACAUUUUAUUGCGGGGCGGGGAGUGGAAUUCGGGGGAAUCUCCGUGGAGAAGGUAGCAGAUGGGCGGGAUUUGAACUCUAUAGAGAUUGGGGGAAAUAAAAUGGGCAUUCUGAGUCAAGGAGGAAGGAGGCUUAUUUGUUCAACAGAGAAUAUUGGGAACUAAGCCAUUAGAGGUCUUGAAAAUGCCUCAGGGCCUGUGAGGUUCAGUGUUUUCAAGAUGCCGCUCUCAGACUUUGUUCUGGCCCUGAAGGACAAUCCCUACUUUGGGGCUGGAUUUGGGCUGGUGGGUGUGGGCACUGCCCUGGCCCUGGCUCGGAAGGGCGCCCAACUGGGCUUGGUGGCAUUCCGGCGCCAUUACAUGAUCACACUGGAAGUCCCUGCUCGAGACCGGAGCUAUGCCUGGUUGCUUAGCUGGCUCACCCGCCACAGUACCCGAACUCAGCACCUCAGCGUUGAGACGUCAUACCUUCAGCACGAGAGUGGCCGCAUCUCCACUAAGUUUGAAUUUGUCCCCAGCCCUGGAAACCACUUUAUCUGGUAUCAGGGGAAAUGGAUCCGGGUGGAACGGAGCCGAGAGAUGCAGAUGAUAGACCUGCAGACGGGGACUCCUUGGGAAUCUGUCACCUUCACGGCUCUGGGCACUGACCGAAAAGUUUUCUUCAACAUCCUGGAGGAAGCUCGAGAACUAGCUCUGCAGCAGGAGGAAGGGAAGACAGUGAUGUACACCGCUGUGGGCUCUGAAUGGCGCCCCUUUGGCUAUCCACGCCGCCGCCGGCCACUGAAUUCUGUGGUUCUCGAACAGGGUCUGACUGACCGAAUUGUCAGAGACAUCCGGGAAUUCAUUGAUAACCCCAAGUGGUACAUUGACAGAGGCAUUCCCUACAGACGUGGCUACCUACUCUAUGGACCCCCUGGUUGUGGAAAGAGCAGUUUCAUCACAGCCCUGGCUGGAGAACUGCAGCACAGCAUCUGCCUGCUGAGUCUCACGGACUCCAGCCUCUCAGAUGACCGGCUCAACCACCUGCUGAGUGUGGCCCCACAGCAGAGCCUGGUGCUCUUGGAGGACGUGGAUGCUGCCUUUCUCAGUCGAGACCUGGCCGCCGAGAACCCCAUAAAGUACCAAGGUCUAGGUCGGCUCACCUUCAGUGGCCUGCUCAACGCCCUGGACGGUGUGGCUUCCACCGAAGCACGCAUAGUAUUCAUGACCACCAACCAUGUCGACAGGCUCGACCCUGCCCUGAUACGCCCCGGGCGAGUAGACAUGAAGGAGUACGUGGGCCACUGCUCACGCUGGCAGCUGACCCAGAUGUUCCAGAGGUUCUACCCGGGGCAAGCAACUUCCCUGGCUGAGACCUUUGCAGACCGUGUCCUUCAAGCUACAACACAGAUCAGUCCUGCCCAGGUGCAGGGCUACUUCAUGCUGUAUAAAAAUGACCCUGCAGGGGCCAUUCAGAAUGCAGAAUCUCUGAGGAGGUGACAACCGGGCUGUGCCCAGCUUUCUCCUCCAGGAGAUCAAUAAACAGCUGCCAAGCUA